AUGGUGCUUUGGUGGGCAUUAAGAAGAGCAAACAUGAAUCCAUGUGUGAUCAGAUUGGUGUGGUUGCUGUCUGUAACGCUGGUUUUGGUUGCGGGCACAACCGUAAUAAUCAAUAACAAUUUGAAAAACAGGAAGGAUCUGACAAUCCAUUGCAAAUCCAAGGACGACGAUCUCGGCGUACAUGUUCUUUCCUACGGGGAAUCCUAUGAUUUCGAAUUUGAACCGGACAUUUUUUGGAGGACCUUAUUUUUCUGCCGCAUGACAUGGAAUGGAAAAUCGCAUUGGUACGAUGUUUACGACGAAUAUGUGGAACGGUUGUAUGGGGAUUCUGGGGGUUGCUUACAAAUAGAAGAUGAUAAGUGCGUUUGGAAUGUAAUAGAAUUCGGCCUUUGUACGCCAAAGACGGCUGAUUGUUACCCUUGGAACAGAUAG